UUAUGAAAGGUUCAAUCGCUGAGUGGGGUCCUCUGUCCCAUCGUCUCUUAUAACAGGGAGAUUGAAGCUGAAGGCGGUUGGCCAAGAGGCAAGAAAAGAUGGCGGACGGUGGGAGGAAGCUUGUGACUCUCGAUGACCUUAUCGAUGCUCUGGACAAGCGUGAGAGGGCGCCGAGCAACGUCCCAAAAGUCGAGACAUUCCACUUCAAAGGGGAUCGGGUAUCUGAUUGGUUGGAUCUGACAGAGCAGGCGCUGGUGGGACUGUCAGAUGAGGUCAAGCUCCAGCGGGUCCUGAGGUAUGUCCUGCACAGUCACCAUCGGGAAGCAACUAAGGUUGUGGACGCCGCCGGUGGCAGUUGGGCAAAGUUUGGAGACCUAAUGCGAAGGAAGUGUAGGCUGGGGGACGACCUGUUGACCAUGGCCGACUUGGAGGCCAUAAACAAGGAAGACUUCUCUACCAUUGGGGCGUUUGUGCACGAGUUCAAGAAAAGGGCGAGGAAAGUGCAUGGGAUUUCUGAGGAGGCGCAGUGCGCCACAUUUUUGGGGUUGCUUACAGGCUCGGAGGCCACAAAGUUGACGAAGUAUGGGGAAGGAAGCGAGAGGCUUACCUGGGCAACCAUUGACAAGGGAGUAGAAGAAGGGAGCCUUGACCAGAGGGCCAAGAAGAGAGGGGCUCCGGGAGGUGCAAAGCCGAGUCUGCAUGAUGGCGUGCCAAAGAGGAAAAAGUACGUGGUCCGGCUGGAGGAAGGCUUUGAUGUGGAGCGAAUGGUGGACAAGCUCCUGGAAGGCCAUAACGAUUUGAUGAAUCCAAAGGACAUUUUGGCCUCGGCACCAAGGCUCCAUGGUGAGCUGAAAGGGAGGCUUUCGCGAAGAUUAGUGCCCAAUGUCCACCUGAGCUCAAUUCUGCCUAGGGAGAUAGAGCGGACAGAGACAGGCACCAGGAUGGAUUGGAAAUGUGUGGCGUGUGGGUUGGUGGACUUGAAGGUGAGGGACCAGCCGAGCAUCGCAAUGGUGGAUACGGGCGCAAAGUUGAACAUCAUCCGGGAGCGGGACGCGACCAUGUUGGGGUUGGAGGUCGACCAUUCGGACCAUGGAAUGUUGCAUGGCGCCAACUGUAAGGCCAUUUUCUGCGGCACCACGUCUAAUGUGAUGGUGGAGAUUGGGAGAGUAAGAGCGCGAACAUGCUUCUUCGUCAUGCCUGAUGUCGACCACCCUAUCCUUCUGGGGAGGUCGUUCCUCUGCCGAACGGAGACCUUGGUCUUCAACAGGCAUGAGGGGACGAUGAUCCUGGCUCUAUCCGAUCCAGCUUGCGGAAACUACAAAAUCAUCAAGUGCCGGAACACGGGGCCCGAAAGUGCGAGGAAUAGGCUCAACCUCGGCUCCUUUACCUUCGAGGAGUCUGAGUAUGCGCGGCGGAGACUCCGGGAGGAACAGGAGGGGGAAGGAGCAGGCGAGGUACUGUCCCUAAAGCUUAACGAUGUGAAUAAGGCAAUGGAGGUGGUGGCGGCGCAUGACAUGGCGGACCCUGAGACUAUAAAGGCGUUGAGGGAGCAGGUGACGGCGAUGCACACGCCAAGGGGGCUGAUCCACAUGAACGUGGCGCCUCAGGGGUGGACUAAUGCGAUGGCGAUGGUGCAAAGGCACAUGAUUAGGGCCAUGCAGACGGUUAGUCCACAUAUUACUCAGCCCUACAUUGAUGAUUUGGCGGUCAAGGGUCCAAAGGAGAAGGAGGAAGACGAAGUGAUGCCAGGCGUGACCAAGAGCCCGGAUAUCGAGGAGCCCAUUUCAGCAGAGUUACCGCCAGUAGUAUCGUGCGCGAGCGGAGGGAUGGAGGCGGAGGCAUUGACUCCAGGAGGCCAGGGGCCGCGAGUGGGAGGAACCCCAAGAGAGACCCGCGAAGAGAAGUCCGCCCGAGUGCGGGUCCGUCUGGACGAGAUACACCCAAGACAGGCUGAGAUGGAGGCGGCGGGGAUAGAGCCGGCACCGCCAAUCGAGCCCAAGACGAGUGAGCAGAGGAUCGACGAGUUGUGGGCUAGGUAUGAGAGCCAGAGGGAUGCAGCCCGCCAGAGGUCACGAGAGGCAGGACGGGCGGACGAGGAGACGAGUGAGUUGAGAGAGAUGGGGGACUUGGGGUUCUCCGCGACCAGGCAGGCGAUUGAGCGCAUGGAUCGAAGGGGCCGGGGGAUGCGCGCCUCGCCGAGCCAGGGAGCAGCAGUGGAGGUCCCUCGACAGAAUGAGCCCGUGGAGGGGGUGCCCUUGGACACGGCAGGAGAGGAGGGGGGAGCACAGGAGUCGCUUAUGGUCAUGUCCACGGAGAGGAGAGUUUCGCGUUUGCAUGAGCUGGCGGCAGCCAUGGGGAUAGGCACUCCACAGGAGAGGCCUAAGAGACUCGACGCUCCAGAGCAGGCCCCGAGGUUGGGAGAGUUGAGGGCGGAGCUGGGCUCCUGGGUCACGGAGACGGACUCAGGAGGGCCCGACUUGCGACAACAGUAGCAGGAGGAGGUCAUGAGUGAGCCCACCACCAUGGUGAGCUCUCAGCCGUUUGGAUUAUGUG